CAGCACUUUGCCCACUGCCCUGCCUUCAUGGCGGCGUCUGUUCUGGACCACAUCGCUGUACCUGCCUUCCUGGAUACGCUGGAGGCCGCUGCCAGAUGCCUGUGUGUGAGAAUGGGUGUGGAGAGCGAGGCCGCUGUAUUGGCCCCAAUGUAUGUCACUGCAGCAGGGGCUACACGGGUCCUUCUUGUGAUGACAAUGACUAUGACUACAGCUACUAUGGCAGCCAAGAUGAUAGCCAUGAUCGAACCAGCGUUGAUGACUGGGACCUGGUGUCCCUCCAAAGACGCUAUCACUGGCGGUCAUAACUCCUAUCUUCAUGCUCCCUCGUAAAAUAAGUGUUGUGUACAUUGAUCGCACAUGUACUAUAAAGGUUGCCCUAUAAUGUUUGUUCUUGUAAUUAUCAGUAGUGUAUGUUGUGAAAUAAGGAUUCUAUAACUACUCAGCUAUUUCCACUCAUAUUUCAAUGUUAUGACACUUAUAAAGAUCUCUCAAAUCCUUACCAGCUGUUAAAAAUUUAUGAACACAGAAUUAUGAAACCUUACCUACAGCAACAUAUUUAAUUUUGAAGUAAAAGAGAUAGUGUAUUUUGUUACUAAAGUAUGAGAGAGAUUUCUUGCAUUGUGAUAACUGCCAGUUUCUAUCUCCCACUUUGCUGUACACUGCUCGAGUGGAUUUAUACUGGGUUAUGAAUGAUGCAGUUAUAAUAAAAUCUAAACACACUAUACUUAAAUAUAUUCUCAUGUGGAAUACUUUAAAAACUACUAUAUUUUCCUAUAUGAAAUGUCUGUAUAUCCUUCAUUAAGUACAUAGACUGUCAUAUGAUAUGCAGUUAAAAAAUAUCUUCCAGUGUUCAGCAGAAUAUAUUAUUUAAUAAAAAACUGAAAACA